UUUCUACUCGGACUCAUACAAUUACGCACCGAAUGCGUGUUGUGUUCUCCAGAGCUUUCCAUGCUGGUUGUAUAUGUGAAAUAAGUCUGAUCAGCAUCAACUGAAGCGAUUUUUCUUUUUUUUUUCUUUUUAAGUGAAGUGUGUGUCUAGCGGUUGUUGUCGAAGGGGGGGAGAAUAAAAAAACAGAACCUGUUCUGGUGGUGACUAAGGACCCAACAUGAAGAUCAAACGGCAGAAACAAGCGAAGAAAACAAUCAGCUUCUAUAAAUACAAUUUCAGCUUCAGAGAACCUUUUCAAAUCCUUAUUGACGGAACUUUCUGCCAGGCGGCGCUGAAGAACAAGAUCCAGAUCAAGGAACAGAUGCCCAAAUAUCUGAUGGGAGAAGUCCAGCUCUGCACUACAAAUUGUGCUUUGAAGGAGCUUGAGACUAUCGGGAAGCAGCUCUAUGGAGCUAAAAUCAUCCUGCAGAGGUUUCAGGUUAGGAAAUGUGCACAUUUUAAAAACCCAAUCCCAGCCUCUGAGUGCCUGCUGUCAAUGCUGGAGGAGACUAAUCCACACCACUACUUUGUUGCCACACAGGACCGUACAGUAACUGAAGGACUUAAAAAAAUCCCAGGCGUCCCUUUGCUGUACAUCGUUCUUAACACCAUUGUGCUGGACAAGCCCAGCCAGAAGUCCCUCGAUUACGUCCAGGCCGUUCAGCUGGGGGAGCUGGUGACCCCCACCCAGCAGGACAGCAUCCGUAGCCUAAAGGAGAAGGAAGGCAUUAGCCUCAAAGAUGGAGAGAGGCGGGGUAAAAAGAGGAAGAGGAAAAGCAACAAUCCAAACCCUCUGAGCUGCCUGAAGAAGAAAAAGAAAGGACAACCGACACCGCAGAAGAAAACAGAACCAGGGGAGAAGAGGAAAAGAAGUCGACACAAGAGAAGAAAAGCAGCUGCAGGGGACAACAUGGCUGCUCCUGCAGUUUCAAAUACUCAGUUGGACAAAUAAUUAUGUCGUUUCCAGAACAAGUGAUAUUUUUAACUCUUUGCCUCCAAGGAACCAGACUUUCUUAUUCCAUUUUAAAAUGGUUUAUAUUAAUAUGUCAUUAAUUCAAGAUCCCUUUAGGGCUGUUUAAUAUCAGGAAGAAAUUGCAUUUACCUCAUUUUGCUAUGACAAUUCCAAUUUCAAUAAACUUUUAGGGUUUCCUGACUGAUCUUUUUCCUCAUCAUGCCACCACCUCUCUAGCAUCUUGGCCACUAAAAAUGUGGGCACUGAGGUUCAAACUCCAGGUUAAUAUAAAUUGUUGCCAUACAUUUGCAUGUUUGGAUUUGGACUAUAAUAUUCUUCCAAAUUUAACUUUAAAGCCGUCCUUU